CACAGAGGCAUCAUCUUCAAUGUUUGCUCGGAAAACAAAAAGGGAUAUAGCGUCAAUGUUAAAUUUCUUGUAAGCAGUAAGUAGCAACUAGCAAGAAUUUUUUAAGCAAUUCCCCUUCCGGUCAACCGUGAAGCAUUCACUUUUCGAAAUUUUACACCAGAUGAUCUAUGUCUUACUCCAUGCGGCCUGAAUUUUAUUCCCAAGAAAUGCAGUUCAUCGCAGAUCACACAAGCUGAACUGAGGAUGCUACUAACAACAAUUUUGAGCGGUUGGUUUUAUGUGGAGAAGAGGAGGCUCGUCCAGGUGUUUCCGGAACGGGUGCGGAAACUAUGGGACGAUUGGGAGCUAAGAGUAAUGAUCCUCAUCAGCCUCACCUUGCAAAUAUUACUCAUUAUGGUGGGCAACCGCAGAAAGUAUAAUGCAGCAACUUGGCUCAGAAUGUCUAUUAUUUGGUCCGCAUACCUGAUGGCAGACUGGGUGGCAACUGUUGCACUAGGCGUCCUCUCCAACAAGCAAGGAAAUUCCAACCCCAUCAAAACUAAUCCUAUCAAUGAAGAGGUCAUGGCAUUUUGGGCACCGUUUCUGCUGUUGCAUCUUGGCGGCCCAGACACAAUCACGGCUUAUGCUUUAGCAGACAAUGAGUUGUGGCUAAGGCACUUUCUUGGACUUCUUGUCCAAACCGGUGUGGCCUUGUAUGUCACUGUCACGGCCUGGAGGGGAACUUGGCUCUCAUUCCUCACCAUUCCCAUGCUUUUUUCUGGGGUAAUAAAGUAUGGGGAAAGGUCAUUAGCCUUGAGAUCUGCAAAUCGUGAGCAGUUUCUUGAUUCCUUGCUCGAUCCUCCCGAUCCUGGCCCUAGUUAUACUAAAUUCAUGGAGGAAUUCACUUUGAAAAUGGACGAGGGGUUUAGUGUGUCGGCUGAUGAGGUGAUAGAGGUUGCUGCUGGCAGUACUGACGAUAACAACAGUACAAUCGCUAAUACAAGCAAAAUAUUGCCUGAUGCGGACAUGUUCUUCCAGUGUUUCAAGCGGCUCUUUGUAGAUCUUAUUCUUAGCUUCCAGGACCGAGAUCAGAGCCAGUCUUACUUCCAGAAUUUCACUUGGGAAGAUGCUUUCAAGUUAGUUGAAAUCGAACUUGGCUUCGCGUAUGAUGCUUUCUAUACCAAGGCACCUAUAAUGUACACUAGAUGCGGAUGCUUUUGCCGCUUCAUCACUUCCUCUUUCACUAUUAUAGUUUUUGUGCUCUUCCUGAUUGCUGAGAAGCACAAUCACCUGCAGACUGAUCUCAUAAUUACUUACAUAUUGCUGGUUGGAGCUAUUAUUCUAGAAUUCUAUGCUGUCAUUUUGCUACUAUCCUACGACAGGACAAAGCUAUGGUUGAGAUCUGCAAACCUUUCUCCGUUUUCUCCAACCCUUUUUUGUUUUCAGCCCAUGGUUUCUCAAGUAAUCUCUUGUUUUCAACCAAUCACCUCUUCAGUAAUCUCCUGUUUUCAGCCCAUGGUUUCUCCAUUAAUUUCUUUUUUUCUACCUUCUAGCAAAAAGAGGUGGUCAAAUUUAUUGGCUCAGUACAAUUUGGUAAGCUUUUCCCUUAAAGACAAGCUCGUGCCUUUUCUGGAUGAUAAACGUGUCCAACAGUAUGUCAAUGUGAAACUUUUACCAUUUUAUGAAACAUUGGAAAAGCACCGUUAUAAAGAUCAUUGCGAAAUCUCUAGCGAUUUGAAAAGGUUGAUCUUCCAGCACUUCAAGGAGAAAAUGGAGGAAAUGCAGAAACGGAAGAAAACGGAUCAGUCAGAAAAUGCAGAACUGGACAAAUAUAUCGCAUCUUUAUGUAGUGCCAGAGGCGGUCUUGUUUUUAAAGAAGAAAAAUAUGAAUGUUCCUCCUCAUUCGAUUGGAGCACUGAGCAGGUAGAAUUCGACCAAAGCAUUCUUAUCUGGCACAUUGCUACUGAUCUCUGCUAUCACUCAGAUGGUGGCGAAAACUUGUAUGCCAAAGAUUCGAGCAAGAAGCUGUCGGACUACAUGUUGUAUCUUUUAGUCAUGCGUCCCUUCAUGUUGCCAAUUGGGAUUGGGAUGAUCAGGUUUCGAGACACUUGUGAGGAGGCCAAGGAAUUUUCCAAGGAAAAAGAUUUAUCAGCAAAAGAUACGGACAAACUUCGCAAAAUGCUGCUUAAAGUGAGUACUGAAUUUGAACCAACUAAGGUGAAAGGGGACAGGAGCAAAUCCGUGCUAUUCGAUGGAUGUAGGCUUGCACAUCUAUUGCAGAACAUGGAGAAAGAGAAAUGGAUCAGUAAAGAGAAGAAGUGGGAGUUUGUUUGUAACGUGUGGAUUGAGAUCCUGGGUUACGCUGCUAGUCACUGCAGAGGAUAUUAUCAUGCUCAACAGCUUUCCAGAGGCGGGGAGCUCCUCACUCACGUCUGGCUUCUUAUGGCGCAUCUUGGCAUUACGGAACAGUUUCAAAUCAAUCGAGGCCACGCCAGAGUCAAGUUAGUUGUGAACUGAUCGAUGAGUAGAUAAUAUUGUUUAUCUUAAAUAUUUGUACUAAAGUUGUUUGUGAUUGGAAUGUGACAUAACCAUUUCAAUAAUAAAGGUUUUCCGAGGUUUAUUAA